AUGGCGAAGGCGAGCGUGUCGUUCGACACACUAGGCCCCUUUCUAGUGUGGCAGUUUCUCAUACCUGUCGCAGCAGGAUGGGCUCAGUCAGUCCUCUACAGCAUCUUCAUUCGCGCCGGUGACUCCAAACCGCAACCUGGCUCCCCACGCUAUAUCAAGCAUCGUCGCAACAUUCUAAUCGCCAUCUAUGCGGCCUACUUCGCCUUCACCAUCUACGAAGUCGAUUUCAACCUUCAGCGCUCCAGCAACGCAUACAACGACCUCGGCGUCCCGAUAGAUGUCGACGAGAGCGGGCUGAAUUCGCGUUUCAGGAGAUUAACGAUUCGGUAUCAUCCAGACAAGAUUGGGCCGAACGUGAAUAGAGACAGGGCGAAUGACUUCUAUGUUCAUUUGAAGCAUGCUAGAGACAUCAUACUCGAUCCUGCGAAGCGCUUCGCAUAUGACCGCUUCGGACCAAGCAUCUUUGCGCAAUGCCAGAGCUGUUUGACCAUCAAAGACUACACUGACAGUGCGCUGCUCACUGCAGUUACAACCUACGGCGCACUCCUCAUUGUUCUAAUCGGUGCAAACGCCCUUGGUUUCCUAACUGAUGGCUCAUACUGGCGAUAUCUUGGCCUUCUCGCCGUCGCGACUUUUGAAGUCCACACCGCUCUUCGCCCCGACCAUCCUACCAUCCUCUCAAAAUACCUGAACCCACUCGUCGCGUCAACUCAAUUACGUCCCGCAUACCUACCUUUCCAAAUCGUCACCAUAAUAAAGAAAGCUGCGAUCUCCCUAACGCAAUUCCUCGCUCUGCUUAUGCCACUUUACCGUUCCGACCCUCAACACCCUACCAAACCUACCGACGAUGCCGAAGACGCCCGCCACAAGCAACUCGACCGCCUUAAUGGACUUGUUGCAGAGAGCAACAAGGAUGCGAACAGAUUACUAGAGUUGGAGAGUGUACCGUAUAGGGAUAACGAGAGGGCGAAGAGUGAGCUGAGGGAAGCACUUAAGAAAUACAUGGUGCAGAACGUGGUACAUCAGGAGAAGGAGGUGAGAAACGCAAUGGGCGAAGUCAUGAUGAGGAGAAGGACUGGUGUACCACACGGUGCGGUAGGCACAAGAUAG